CUCCUCUCCUGAUACGACGAGGGAAGAGAUCGCUUUUGAUCUAACAAACGAAUACGCUUCUCGAGCCGCAGACGCGAACAUUGACGAGCCCACGACGACAAAAUCCACCUCUUCUAGUCGACCUUCUGUGACUCAACACAGGAGUUGUACCAUACGACGCAGAAAUGGCACCUCGUAACUGGAAACGACCCUUAACCACCAUCUACAACGACAACUACAAGUACGGCAACAGCCUCUACUCUGGAGCCAUCGAUGAUAUUGAGAAGCGCUACCAGAACUCAGUGAGCAGGACGUCUUUUAGGUCAGACCGGGGGGAUGCCAACCUGACCACGUUCGCCUCAUCGAACAUUGGUUCCGCUGGAAGCGCCCUCGGAUCUGUGCACGGCUCAGAGUCGACCCUGAGGCCCACAGGGGGGGAAUCAACUCCGAUGCCCACACUGUCACCUCUACAGACAGUCUUGGAAAGUGAUCUGGACUUUGACUUCCAGCGUCGGCCUCGUUCAAUGCUGGCGGAUAUAUCAAAAUUUCGAAGCCCACUGCAAGUGCCUUCGUCAUUCAGUGACGACGAAGAUUUUGGUAGACUUGGAGAAGACGCGUUCGGAAUACGUCGAAAGAACAAGCUGAGCGAGCGGGAGAACCGUUCCCUGGCAUCCUCUGUGCGGGCCGCGGCUCCUCCGGCACCCUUGCCGUCGCAGACUGCAUCUUCGACGGGAGUCACGGCAGAUUAUUACUAUGAUAAGUGCCGUGACCUAAAGCACGAGUUGGAUGGUCUGUAUCUGCGGGUGUCGGACGCCGAGACAAGAGCCAAGAACGACUCCAACGCCCUUCGCCACAAAGUGCAAACAGAGAUUGCAGAAUUGUCCUUCUCUCUGGAAGACACCACGGCACAGAACAACGAGAUGCAGAAGAUCCUCAAGAAGCAGGCCAAGCAACUUCUUGACCUACAGGGCUACUGCAACGAGUUACAGCGCCACCUUCAGGAAGCCACCGACGAUCUAUCAGCUGCCAACAAACGCUGCGGCGAUCUGCAGCGCGAGUUGGACAAUCUCAAGUCCAGCAUGGAAUCGGCACUACGCCACGCAUGAGGCUGCGAGGCAGGCGGGGGUCAAAAGACAAUGGAAACCACACGGAACAACUCUAGGCAGCAAUAGCGGACAAAGUCUUCACCAUCCCUUCAUCGCAAGUAGCAUACCAAUUUCUGUCAUACUCCGUCAGCGUAUCCAGCAUGGACCCUACCAGCGGUAGUGCACUUGAGAAACAGUGCUGCUUUGCCCUCAUGCGACCUUUGCCCGUUGAUGGCAACCAGGGUCCCGUGGAUACGUUGUCGGUCGUUGAGGUCACGGCAGAGGAAGAGAUUCUCCCGACGUAGAAACCCUACCAUGUUUGCAGUGCGAUUCCAUGUCUUUCUAUGUUGACACGAAUUAAAAUAUGAAUGUCAAACUACA